CGGGCUGCGGGGCGGGGGAGGAGGAGCGGCGGCCGCCGGAGGAUGGGAGCGAGCGGCGUAGCCGGGGAGCGGCACGGGGGCAAGGCCGGCAGCGCGGCGGCGGGCGCCGCGGGAUCGCCCGCGUAGGGCGGCGCGGGAGCCGGGUGGCGCCGCGGCCAUGGAGCGGACGAGCCCGGCGGCGGGGAAGCUGAACGCCGGCGGCCGUGGGGCGGGCGACGGGCACGGCCCCGCGGGGGGAGCCCAGCCGCGGGCGGCGGCGGCGGGCAGCGCAGAGCCCGGCGAGCUCAUCGGGCGGGCGCUGGAUUUCAAGAGCGAAGGGGCGCAGUGCUACAAGGACAAGAAAUUCCGAGAGGCCAUCGGCAAGUACCACCGCGCCCUCCUGGAGCUCAAGGCGCUGCUGCUGCUGCUGAGCCAGGAGCCGGCCGGGCAGCGCCCUCCCGCCGCCACCGCUGCCGCCGCCGGGCUCAGCGAAGAGCAGCGGCAGGCGGUGGAGGCCAUCGAGGUUGACUGCUACAACAGCCUGGCAGCUUGCCUGCUCCAGGCUGAGCUGGUGAACUACGAGCGAGUCAAGGAGUACUGCCUCAAAGUGCUUCAGAAAGAAGGCGAGAACUUCAAGGCCCUCUAUCGAUCAGGAGUGGCCUUUUACCACCUCGGUGACUUCAACAAGGCUCUCUACUACCUGAAAGAGGCAAGAUCCCGCCAGCCGACAGAUACCAAUGUCAUACGAUAUAUCCAGCUGACAGAGAUGAAGCUCAGCAGAUGUUCCCAGAGAGAGAAAGAAGCCUUGUGAAAAUGAAGCCACUUCAGUUGAAGUGCCCAAUGGGAAACAUUUCCUUCCUAGAAGCUCAUUCGGUGGAUUUUCCUUGUUUGCUCUGCCUCAUCCUCAUCUCCUCUUCCAUCCACUCUCCCUUGCUCUUCAUUGAAUCCCAGUUUUGAAGAAAAAGAGACAUAGAUGCUGGAUAUGGCUGCUUGCCAGCUGUGGUAAUACCCCAUCCCUGUGGCAGGAGAGCAAAAUGGCUACAGCCAGCACUGUUCCAAGACAGUGUCACACGCCUGGAGCAGGCAAUGCUGGGGGUCCUUUCUGGUCCUGAGCUGACUGCUGAUUACCUGUUAGGCAAGCAACCCCUGGAACAACAACUUCUUGACCAGGCAAGUUGGAAAAAAAAUGUUUCCUGCUCUGAGUGAUCAGUGCAGCUUGGAAGAGCUAAGAAAGCAAGAGAGAUGCCGGUCACUUCACAGGGGAUAGCAAAUGCCUUUUUACCAUCAGUUCCUCCUACCUGCUUCUCCAGCGUGUGCUGUUGGUCUCCAGUGAGAGCUCACAUGCUCCCAGUUUAAUGCCAGUGAAAACUGUUUCUGAACAUCCUCUUAAUGAAAGCACAGAGCAUCCUACGAACCCCCUGCAGAGCUGUCCUGGUGCUGGAGGAGAAGGCUGUGGGCUACCGCAGAAUACUGAACGGACUUUGAAAGCGUGGUGUACAGUGUGAGGGAAAAACUGUGAAAUAAUUCAUUAAAGGCAAAUAAAAAUUAUUAAUAGGCAACCUGUCCAGGCAUUGCUUUUGAAAGGG